AUGUAUAGUACUAUUAAUGAUAAAUCAGAGAAUGAAGAUUUGAAUGAGGUGAUCGAAAUAAAUAUUAACAACAUUGCAAACAAGCUAGCCAACAUUUUAUAUAUUACUAAUGUUGGGAUGAAAGAAAAUUGUGAAUUAAAGAAUAAUUUACACUUUUCCAAGUUUUUAAAUGAUAUGAGAUCUUAUUGUGUUAAUUUAAUUCAGUCGAUUAAUAAUUUGAACAGUAAUUUUUAUAAUUUAACAUGUUUACCUGUACAUUCCAUUCCACGGAAUCCUUAUACGAAUAUUUUAGAUAUCAAUGUAAUUACGAAUAAUAUAAGUGUAGAUGAUAAUACUGAUAAAAUAAAAGAAAAACAAACAUUAUUACAAUCAUUUCACAAUAAAUAUGAUAAAAAUAAAACCAGUUUUCAUCAAUCUAUUAAACAUAUCGAAACUUUUAAUGACCAACUUUUUUCAGCCUUAAAUAAUUUAGAUCAUAUCAAAAUGUCCAUAAAAUAUCAAGACCAAGAAUCAUCUACUUAUGGAAAUGUUGUUUCUGAGAGAUUGAAAAAUAAACAAAAAGAUCAUGAACAUUUAGAGUUAUAUAUCGCUAGAGUACAUUAUGGUUUAUUCUAA